CGCCGGGCCGCGAAGCUCCCGGCUGGCGGCUGUGGCGGUGGCGGCGGCGGCGGCGGCAGAGGAAGUUUCCGCUUUGCACUCCACCCCGGUAGCAGCUUGGCGGCGGGGACAGCUUCCUCCGGACGCUUCGCGGGCUUUGCUGCUGUUGCACGUCAGCCUGGUCAGAUCAUGGGGUUGCCCAAGGGGCCGGAGGGUCAGAGUCUCCCGGAGGUGGAAACAAGAGAAGAUGAAGAACAAAAUGUCAAGUUGACUGAAAUUCUGGAACUCUUGGUUGCAGCUGGGUAUUUCAGGGCAAGAAUUAAAGGCUUGUCACCUUUUGACAAGGUAGUGGGAGGAAUGACUUGGUGCAUUACCACUUGCAACUUUGAUGUAGACGUUGAUUUGCUCUUUCAGGAAAACUCUACAAUAGGUCAAAAAAUAGCUCUAUCAGAAAAAAUUGUCUCUGUCCUGCCGAGAAUGAAAUGCCCACACCAGCUGGAGCCUCACCAGAUCCAGGGGAUGGAUUUUAUUCACAUAUUUCCUGUUGUACAGUGGCUGGUGAAACGAGCUAUAGAAACAAAAGAAGAAAUGGGUGACUACAUCCGUUCCUAUUCUAUAUCCCAGUUCCAAAAAACCUACAGUCUCCCUGAGGAUGAUGACUUCAUAAAGAGAAAAGAAAAGGCCAUCAAGACAGUUAUUGACCUCUCAGAUGUUUACAAACCUCGUCGGAAAUACAAACGCCAACAGGGAGCAGGGGAGCUGUUUGAUGAAGAAUCUCGAGUUCAUGCUACACUUUUGGAAUAUGGCAGGAGAUAUGGAUUUAGCCGUCAGAGCAAAACAGAGAAGAUUGAGGAGAAGAAAGCAGCACUUCCCGUAGGGCUGUCAGCUGCAGAAAAAGCCAAUGCCCACGAAGAAGAUGAGCUUCGAGCGGCUGAAGAGCAGCGUAUUCAGUCGCUGAUGACCAAGAUGACCGCCAUGGCAAACGAGGAGAGCCGUGUCACCGCCAGCUCCGUGGGCCAGAUCGUGGGACUCUGCUCUGCCGAGAUUAAGCAAAUUGUGUCUGAGUAUGCAGAGAAGCAGUCUGAGCUUUCAUCUGAAGAAAGUCCAGAAAAAUUAGGAACUUCCCAGCUACAUCGUCGGAAAGUUAUUUCCUUAAACAAGCAGAUUAUGCAGAAGAACAAACAUCUCGAAGAGCUGCAAGCAAGUCAUACCAAUCUACAAGCCAGAUAUAAUGAAGCAAAGAAAACGCUGACAGAGCUGAAGAGCUAUGGUGAGAAACUGGACAAAGAGCAAGCAGCCCUUGAGAAGAUAGAAUCCAAAGCUGAUCCAAGUAUUCUGCAGAACUUGAGAGCACUUGUAGCCAUGAAUGAAAAUCUGAAAAGUCAGGAACAGGAGUUUAAGGCACAUUGUCGAGAAGAGAUGAUACGGCUGCAACAGGAAAUUGAAAACCUGAAAGCUGAGAGAGCACCAGCUGGAGAUGAAAAGAGUCCCUCCAGUGGAGAGCCAUCCAGUGUCCUGACCUCCAUGAUGACUCACAAGGAAGACCUAGACAGACGGUAUAAUAUGGAGAAAGAGAAACUUUACAAAAUACGUUUACUACAGGCUCGAAGAAAUCGAGAAAUAGCAAUUUUACACCGCAAGAUCGAUGAAGUGCCCAGCCGAGCCGAGCUAAUCCAGUAUCAGAAGAGAUUUAUUGAACUCUACCGCCAGAUUUCAGCAGUACACAAAGAAACCAAGCAGUUCUUCACUUUAUAUAAUACCCUGGAUGAUAAAAAGGUGUAUUUGGAAAAAGAGAUUAGCCUGCUGAACUCAAUUCAUGAGAACUUCUCACAAGCCAUGUCUUCUCCUGCUUCCCGGGAUCAGUUUUUACGUCAGAUGGAACAGAUUGUAGAAGGAAUUAAGCAAAGUAGAAUGAAGAUGGAAAAGAAGAAGCAAGAGAACAAAAUGAGAAGAGACCAGUUGAACGACCAGUACUUGGAACUGUUAGAGAAACAGAGGCUGUACUUUAAGACUGUGAAAGAGUUCAAGGAGGAGGGCCGUAAGAACGAGGUCCUGUUGUCCAAGAUGAAAGCCAAGGCCUCCUGAACAUCCCCAGCCAUCAUGGUACAUCACUGAUUUUUUAAACACCAUGUAUCAACUGUAAGAUCAUGAAAUGGUUCUGAAAGCGACAGUAGAGAGUUGCAGGUGUAAUGAUUUCAGUACCCUGGAUUUUUUCUUUCUCUUGGCUUCCAUUUCAUCUGUGUUGGCUGCUGUUGAUGGAACCAGACAGUGUGAACUGGAGUAGGUAACACUCAUCAUCUCUGAAGAAAUAUGGGCAGAACUUAUUCUCUGUGUUGGUUCAACUUUCAUUUCUCCAGUAACAUUGCACUUACGAGGUACCUGUACUUGUACGGAUGCCGAAUAAAGAAGAAUUCAUUUGUUUAGCAAGUUUUAAUUCUGCAGCCACUGAGAAAUAAGCACUAGAGAGAUCCAGAGGAGUGGAAGACAGUUCCUACCCCAUGGGCAUCCAGCAGAGCAGAUGUAGCUGACCCCAGAGCUUGGCCAUCUGAAACUUUUCACAGUGAACAGAGGCUGUUAGCAGAAUGAUCAGCCCAUGUGAUUAUCAGUCCCUUGGGCCCUUCAGCUGCUCAUGCUGCCCUUUGUUCCUGGCUCCUCCAGGUGCCACCCAGCAGGUUUAGAUGGUAUAGCUCAGAGUCGUUGGCUUCAUUCUGUUAUAUAAUUCAAGUUUAUUUCACCAAAAAAAUUGAAAAUGGCCUUAUGUUGAGGGUGCUUCAAUUACGCCCUCCCUUUCCCCAAUUGUCAUUCCAGUCACAGGCAGUGUAUGGAUGUGCUUGUGUAACCCCUCCUUUGAAGGCACAUUCCAUGUCCCUACACUGCAGAUAGGUGGGUCUGGGCAAAGAGAUGCCUACAGGGUGCAUUUGCCCACAGCACAGUGAACACGGCAUGCAGGUCCCACAAGGGAGUGAGAGGAAGCAGAAUCAGGUUUUCAGAGAUCCAGGAAGUCUUCAUGGAAGAGGCAGCAUCUGGGCUAAAUCUGAAGGGGGAUAGACUAUUCAUAGGCAAAGAUAGGUAGGAAUGCUGUUUUAAAUGAAGAUCACUAUGAUUAAAAACUGAAGAGCAUGUGGGGUAUCCAGAACGUUCACACUGAGAGAGAAAGGGACAAGCUGGUCUUGGCAGAAGGCUGUAGAGACCAGUCUGGAAAGAUGAGCAAUGAGCACGGGCCAGACCUUGGAAGGUCUUGAAGGCAGCUGAGGGGUUGACUUUACCCUGGGACAUGAGCAGUGCAAAGCACUGGCCCUCAGGAGUCCAACUCAGUCAUGUGUAGCAAACCUCAAGCAGGAGGUUUGUGUUCCAUUCUACGUAAAUCUUGUGCACGUGCCAGUCAGCAGGUUUGGACUAUCAAGUGUAAAAGCCUGAUGUGUCAGCCAGAUGAGGCUUUCAGCACAGGCACAGAAAUAAUUGUGUUCAUUUUUAGUUCCCUAUUGCAUAGCUAAUGUAUACAAACCUACAAAAAAAAAACCCUGAUUAAUGACAGAAACUGGUUCCUUGCCAAGGCCAGCGAGACCUGUGUGAGCCAGGUGGAAACAGCAGUAUUUGAAACGGACAGAGCUUCCGGGCUGUGUGAAGCUCCACUUCUGGCUGGUGCCUGGACCAACGUCAUGUGGGUGUUCUGAAAAGGUUCAGUAAAGUUGAACCAAGUAAUUGCAAAAGAACAGUUUUGAGAACAGGGGAAGGAGGCAGCAAUUUGUUUGAAAUGAAUGCAGGUUCAGGGACUCAUCUCCUUUAUCUUAUUAGGUGCUCAUAGUCCCACCCUGGGCUGACUAAACUUCGUAAGGAGAUACUUUGUCCACCAGUGGGAGGGAGGCAGGAGCAGGUGUCAUCCUGAAGUUACUGGAGUCCACUGCUCUGCACUGAUGGGGAAAGUAAGGCAUGACUAAUCCAAAGCAACCAAUAAUUCCUUUUGAAAGUGGAGACAUACAUUUUGGGCUGUGUUUCUCAAGAGUUUCAUUUAGAUUGGUUUUGGUAUAGAGAGGUGUCUGUAGAUAUCUUUUCCCUUUUCUUUAGUCUAUAGGGCCUACUAACAGAUAAUAAAUGUUUUCUUUGCUUGAACAUACUUUGAAUUUCCAGUCUUAGGAAUUCCACACUUUCUGCAGACAACCUGCAAUGCAUAUGGUGCCAUUGUGAGUAAUUAGGAUAUUACCUGGGCUUUACAGUUGAGUCUUACAGGAGAUACCCUGGGUCCCCUGAUCCUUUCAAAAACUACCUGGGGAGGAGAAAGGGGUCUUCCCAGGGGCAUGGCUCUCUGUGUGCCUAGACAUAGUAUGUUGGUAUGUUCUAAACCCACAGGCUUUUCCAGAGGUAAGGAGAAGAGGGAGAACAUCCUUAAGUUACUUUUUAAAAAAUGUGUUUCAAGAAGAACCAGGUUUCCUCAGGAAGCAGCUAGUUCUCCCUACUCAGUCAGUGCAGGGAUCUGGCUGGCAGGCAGUUUGCCUGGUGCCCUGGAUUCUUGGCCACCCUCUGGGUCAGGGACUCCCCUCUUGCCCACAUGCUUCCCAAGAGUGCGUGAGGCUGCUCUGCUUUAAACCAAUAUCAGAGCUGCUGUAAACCGGACAACCUGAGAUGAUCACAAAGUGCCUAGGGAGACACAGGCCAUUUUUUUUUUUUUUAUUCUCUUUGGCCCGUGUUCAGUCUCUUCUGGAUUAUUGGGGUCUGCUAUUUACACUAAAGGGAGGUGCUGAGUGUUAGAGAACAGUGACCAGAGUCACCCAUGGGCUUGUGUUUUAACAGAGGGCAGAUUUCAAGUUUGUCAAGCAUAGCUCUUGUUAGAGUCAGAAGUUCACAGUUUUAAGUGGGUUUGUAUUUCAAGGAGAGCCAGUCCUGCCACAGAGUCUACUGAGCCUGGCCACACAGCCAGCAGGCAGAAGGGCUGGUCAGGUUGGAGGUCAGCACAUGUCAUGAAACAACACUGUAGCCUUUCGGACCUCCUGACACCUGAGCAGAGUGUGGGCAAGGCCUUCAGGCAGCCCUCUUACUACCUCAAAAGUGCCAUUCCCACAACCUCAUGGUUGUGAUACUUGACAGGCCCCGAUCAUGUCUGUAGUGACCAGAGCAGACCUGCCUGAAAGGGCAGUUUGGACACGGGAGCAGUGGCUGUACCUCAUUCGUCCUGCAUGUCUGCUGCUUUGAGUGGUCUUGUCUGGCCCACUCUUGCAGGGGAUAGAAAAUCAGUUUGAGGGGACUCAGCAUUCCAGCAAUAACUGUUAACAGUUGCUUUGGCUAAGUGGUAAUUUCAGUCCUUUGUUCUGAAAUUAUUAUAGUUGGCUUAAAACGUGCGUAAGGAAGAGCACUUUAAAUGAGCGCUGUAUGAUUUACUAAUGGCCAGUACUGACCUCAAGGUAAAAGAAUAUUUAAUACAGAACAGUACAGUGACAAGCCCCCAGGAUGGGGUGCCAUUUUCAGUCCCUAUUACUGAGCAUUGCCUGGGGAAGUGCCUUGUUUGAUGCAUCUUUAUAAUCCCCCAUGCCCUCCCUGGGUCCUUUUCACACAAUCCAGAGCAUUCCUCCUUAACCACAUGUAGCAAGGGGCUGAAAAUAUUAUGUAAAAAGUAAUGCUGUAAUAGCCUCUCCUCUUUUCACAAUAAAUAUGUUGUGUAAAAAUAUCGGGGAGUUGGGGGGUUAGUACCUGGUCUGCAGCAUCCUUAACACCAGGAAUGCUGUGGAUGUUCCACACCAGCCUCACGUCAGAUCCCCAAAUGUAGCAAGUCCAUAAGCCUGCCUGUGGCCAUGGCCCUACUGUCUGUCACCUCUGUCCCCUCCAAGGUCUUAGGUAGGGCUUUCCCUGACCUUCUAAUACAUGCACAAACCCCUCUAACUUGGCCCCAGCCCUGAUCACAUUCUGCCCCUCCCCUUCUGUUUGUCUGGAUAACACAUGUCACUGUGCUCAUCUCUCUGUUGCCUGCCUUCCCUUCUAGAAUAAAAGAGCAACAAAAGCAGGGGCCUCGCCUAUCCUACUCGCCAGUCUCCCCACAUCCGCCUCAAAGUAUACGAUCAGGAAAUCCUGGUUAUAUAAAAUGGCUUCUCCAAAUUGCGACUUUGCAUCCCUGUAUUAGCAGAAUUUAGACUUAACCCUUCCUCUAAUUUAUGCUUAGUUUGAGGACAGGUAGACAAUUUUAUUCAUCAACUUUAGAGGAUCUCUCUUUGAGUGUUUGUUAUACUCUAACUUCAAAAGGUGGGAUGAAAAAGGUUUCAGAGGUUUCAAACAUCUCAAAGGAAUUAUCUUUUUACAGAUUUUUUUUUCUCCCUAUUGGUGGGAGGAGGGGAACAAAGAAAAAAGGACCACACUAAUGUCAGACAUAAGGUAUGUUUUGGCUCCUAUUGUGUCAUGAAUCUAAAGGUAACUUGACUGGUAGAAAUGUUUCAGUCACACGAAAGUAAGAAGUGGAACAGUGCUGCAAGGCUGUGGGAGCAUCGCCCAGAUACAGUGGUGGCGGAAGUAUAAUAAUACAACUUCCAUGGAGGGUGGUUGUGUACUAUUUAUCAAAAGUGCAAAUGCAUAAACCUUUUGAAGCAGCAACAGCAAUGCUAAUUCUAAGAAUUUUUCCUAUGUUGAAGAAUUUUUAUUACAACAUUGUUUGUAAUAGCAAAAGUUGGAAAGUACCACCAAUUUUGAGAAAGGAUUAAAUACAUUAGGGCCACUCCAUACAAUGGAAUAUUUUACAUUUAAAAGAAUGCAGCUGCCAUGGAAAGAUCUCCAAGACACAUUGUUAAGUGGAGAAAAGAGGUUCAUGGUAUACUAGUGCUUGGAAUGUAGGGAAAUGUGUCUAUAGAUGUGUGUAUGUAUGUAUACACACAUGUAUGUCUAUGUCUAGGACAUCUCUGGAGAAUACCCAGCAACCUGACAGCUUUGGUUGCCUCUGGGAAGAGGGGUGGGAAUUGCUUUUCAAUGUACACCUUUUGUACCUUUUGAAUUUUGUACCAUGUACAUGUAUUAUGUAUUCAAAAAUAAAUUGUUUUUAAAUUUUAA